AUGGCCGUUGGAUUUAAUGGAAAGGCUGCCAACCGAACGUCUGUCCAAGAAUUCAUACUCCUGGGAUUCGCCCACCACCCCGAAUUACAAAUAUUUCUCUUCCUGGUCUUCCUCAUCAUUUACACGGUGGCUUUCACGGGGAAUCUUUUGAUUCUUCUGGUCAUCGUCGUCGACGGCCGUCUCCACAACCCCAUGUACUUCCUUCUAGGCAACCUGUCCUUCAUCGACAUGUGCUACAUGUCCGGUACCGUUCCUCAAAUGUUGGCCAACUUUCUCCGUGAGCCAAAGACCAUUUCAUAUUCCGGGUGCAUGGUUCAGAUCUUCGCCCUCAUUUCUUGCGUAGGCGCAGAGUGCAUCCUCCUUGCCGCCAUGGCUUACGACAGAUACGUCGCCAUCUGCCACCCCUUGCUGUACAUGGUCAUUAUGAGCAAGAAAGUGUGCCUCCAGAUGGUGGCAGCCUCUUGGGUGGGCGGCUGUCUGAACUCCCUCGUCCACACUCUCCUGACCUCUGCCUUGUCCUUCUGCGGUCCCAACGAGAUCCGCCAUUUUACGUGUGACGUCCCUCCGCUCUUAGAGCUGUCCUGCGCGGACACGGCUCUCAACAACCUGGUGCUCCACACCGCCAGCGUGUUCAUCGGCAUCAGCCCCUGCUUGUUCAUCAUCGUUUCCUACAUCUUCAUCGCUUUAGCCAUCCUCCGGAUCCGGUCCUCCGAGGGCCGCCACAAGGCCUUUUCCACCUGCACGUCCCACCUCACUGUGGUCAUCACCUUCUUUGGGACGGCUCUCUUCAAUUACAACCGCUCCAACGCGGGCUAUUCGCUGGAUAUGGACAUCCUGGUUUCGACUCUUUACUGUAUCGUCACACCCACGCUGAACCCCAUCAUAUACAGCCUGAGGAACCAGGAAGUGAAGGAAGCCCUAAGGAAACUGGCUGGAGGAAAGCAAGCUACGUUCUUGUAG